CUGCGGCAGGAGCCCGGCCUUUCCCUCGGCUACUGACGGGUAGCCCCCUGCCCGUCUUGUCCCCGUCGUGCUUUGUGGCCGUGACAAGGCUCGGGCCCCUCGCGGCCGUCAUGCCUGCGGCGGCUGCCGCCGCGCCCAUGAUCAGCUCAGUACAGAAGCUGGUGCUGUACGAGACCAGGGCUAGAUAUUUUCUUGUUGGAAGCAAUCCUGCAGAAACCAAAUACCGUGUGCUGAAAAUAGACCGCACUGAACCAAAGGAUUUGGUUAUAAUUGAUGACAAGCAUGUGUAUACCCAGCAAGAGGUGAGGGAGCUUCUUGGCCGGUUAGACCUGGGAAACAGAACAAAGAUUGGGCAGAAAGGCUCCUCUGGGUUAUCUCGAGCUGUCUCUGCUUUUGGUGUGGUAGGUUUUGUCAGAUUUUUAGAAGGCUACUACAUUGUGUUGAUAACAAAAAGAAGGAAAAUGGCAGAUAUUGGAGGUCAUGCAAUAUACAAAAUAGAAGAUACAAACAUGAUCUACAUUCCAAAUGAUUCUGUUAGAGUCACUCAUCCAGAUGAAGCCAGGUAUCUGAGAAUCUUUCAAAAUGUGGACCUUUCUAGCAACUUCUAUUUUAGUUACAGCUAUGAUCUGUCUCACUCCCUUCAGUAUAACCUUACUGUCCUGAGAAUGCCACUUGAGACAUUGAAAACCGAAACAACCCAGACACGGCAGGAGAGUUUUGAUAUAUUUGAAGAUGAAGGACUUUCAACACAGGGUGGAAGUGGUGUUUUUGGGAUUUGCAGCAAGCCUUAUGAGAAGUAUGUGUGGAAUGGCAAGCUUCUGGAGGCAGUGAAAAAUACUGUACAUCGUGACUGGCUGCUCUAUAUUAUCCAUGGGUUCUGUGGGCAGUCCAAGCUGUCAAUAUAUGGUCGCCCUAUAUAUGUCACUCUGAUAGCCAGAAGGUCAAGCAAGUUUGCUGGGACACGUUUUCUGAAACGAGGAUCAAACUGUGAGGGAGAUGUUGCCAAUGAAGUGGAAACUGAACAAAUCCUUUAUGAUGCUUCAGUUAUGUCAUUUUCUGCAGGGAGUUAUUCUUCCUAUGUUCAGGUUCGAGGAUCUGUUCCUCUGUACUGGUCUCAGGAUAUUUCAACUAUGAUGCCUAAGCCACCCAUAACAUUGGACCAAGCAGAUCCUUUUGCACAUGUUGCUGCUCUUCACUUUGACCAAAUGCUUCAGAGAUUUGGCUCUCCCAUUAUAAUUUUGAACCUUGUGAAGGAACGUGAAAAAAGAAAACAUGAAAGGAUUCUUAGUGAAGAACUUGUUGCUGCUGUGACAUAUCUCAACCAGUUCUUACCCCCAGAGCAUGCAAUUAUAUAUAUACCCUGGGAUAUGGCCAAAUACACCAAAAGCAAACUUUGCAAUGUCCUGGACAGACUGAAUGUGAUUGCAGAAAGCGUGGUCAAGAAGACAGGAUUCUUUGUGAACCGACCUGACUCCUACUGCAGUAUCUUGCGGCCAGAUGAGAAGUGGAAUGAACUGGGAGGUUGUGUUGUUCCCACGGGUCGCUUGCAGACUGGAGUGCUGCGAACCAAUUGCGUGGACUGCUUAGACCGCACCAACACAGCCCAGUUCAUGGUGGGAAAGUGUGCUCUGGCAUACCAACUCUACUCACUGGGACUGAUUGAUAAACCCAAUUUACAGUUUGAUACAGAUGCUGUUAGAUUGUUUGAAGAGUUGUAUGAAGAUCAUGGGGACACCCUCUCCCUGCAAUAUGGAGGUUCUCAGCUUGUCCACAGAGUGAAAACCUAUCGAAAGAUAGCUCCGUGGACUCAGCAUUCCAAAGAUAUUAUGCAGACACUCUCAAGAUAUUACAGUAAUGCUUUCUCAGAUGCGGACAGACAAGAGUCUAUCAAUCUCUUCCUGGGAGUAUUCAAGCCUACAGAAGGAAAACCUCAUCUCUGGGAACUACCCACUGAUUUUUAUUUACAUCACAAGAACACCCUCAGCCUGUCCCAGAGCAGGAGAAGCUAUACUUACUGGUGGACCACAGGUGUGCUGAAGCAUUUACCUCUACCUUUUGAUGAAGUGAUCUGUGCUGAGAACCGACGCAAGCUGACGGUGAAGAAGUUCCACAAGUACGAGGAGGAGAUUGAUAUCCACAAUGAGUUUUUUCGGCCACAUGAGCUGAGCAGCUUUGAUGAGACCUUCUGCUUGGCAAUGACCAAUUCCACCAGGGAUUUCAUGCCUAAGAACGUGGGGAUUGAUCCAAGUCCAUUUACUGUUCGCAAACCUGAUGAAACGGGAAAAUCAGUGUUGGGCAACAAGAGCAACAGGGAAGAAACGGUGCUGCAGCGCAAAACAGCUGCUAGUGCUCCUCCGCCUCCAAGUGAGGAAGCAGUGUCAAGCAGUUCUGAAGAUGAUUCUGGGACAGACAAAGAAGAUGAAGGCACUGUUUCUCAGCGUUCAACACCAGUCAAGGUGACUGACACAGGAGACAGUGCAAAAAUCACAGAGAAUGUAGUGCAGUCAACAAAAGAUGUGUAUGGAGUCAAUCUCUCAGAUGUUCCUUCAGAGGAUGAUCUCACAAUAUAUGCUAGGUUUGUUCAGCUGGGACAGAGCCAGCACAAAAUAGACAAGAGCAGCCAGCAACUUUGCUCAAAGCACCACCUGGAUAAGGUUAUAAAUCUAGUGCCCAUCUCCUCCUUUUCUCAAGACAAUAUUUAUGAAGUCCAGCCUCCAAGAGCUGAUAGGAAAUCAAUAGAGAUUUUCCAUGCACACAUUCAGGCUGGGAGAGGCAACAUGCAGCCCCUGGGCAAAGACGACUUCCUCAUGUACCGAGAGUACAUCAGAAACAGAUACAUGUGAAAAGCAGCUGGGCUCUCCUGCCAAGGCUCUGCUGUCCUGAGAGGUCAUUCAAAUCAAUUUCAGAGAGGCAGCCUGGGUUUGUUGGUUUGCAGUAAUAAAUUGAUUAGCAAGCAUUUCUAUUUAUUAUCCUUUUCUAUUGUCCAUUUACACUGUUGUGCUCUACAGGAACAGCAAAAAAAAACAGAGAGAAAGAAGUGAUUUAAUGUCUACUCCUCAGCUGAAGGAGAAGAAUGUGAGCUGAGAGACUCAAGUGAAUAAUCUGAGCACCUGCAGUCAGUGAAGAGUGUGGAGCAAUUUAUGGCAAA